AUGCCAUGUCCUGUUUGUGCAACGUACUGGUUCGCCAUCGGAGAGAUGUGUCGUUGCUUGUGGAUCAUUUUGACCAACACAAAACGUCGCAGAAAUCUUCUCAGUGACACAGGAGCUGCGACUUGUGAUCACCCGAGCGAUAACGAGUCAUACAGCCUCAUUCCUUCUCAUAGAGACUCUGACAUUUCCUUAAUCAGCUCAGGGAGACCGAUCGUUGAGCUCUCUGAUUCCACCCCUGAAUCUGGAAGGACUUCAAGAAUGCCAACGAGCUCAGAGCAAAGCAUUGGCUCACAUUGCUUGGGGGUCAAGUUCAGUGAUUCUGUCUUCCCUAGCGAUUCACCUGGUACAACAUCUUCCCAUUCAUCUGAAAGCUUGGAUGAUGUUGAAGCUGAAAUGAAGAGGCUGAAACUAGAGCUCAAACAAACUAUGGAGAUGUAUAGCCAAGCCUGCAGAGAAGCUUUAAUUGCUAGACAGGUGGAUAUGGAACUGCAAAAGCUGAGAACAGAAGAUGAAAGACGGUUGGAAGAAGCCAAGAGUUCAGUGGAGAGAGCUUAUGCUAAAGCUGAUUCUUAUUACUAG